CUUCUGUUCUCCCUGCUUGGCCUGGGCCACUGUUCUGGGGACCAGUGGACUGGUCUUCCCAAGGACAGGGACUUACCUGAAGUCCUACACAGGGCCAGUGGCAUGGCCAAGAUGCCUCUCACUUGCCUCCCAGAGCCUGAGGACCCCGGACCUGGGCUGUUGAUGACAGGAGGGUCUUCCCUGAGUCUUGACCACUGCUAACACCCUGGCUGUUGUCCUGCAGGCUGCAGAAGGGCUGGAAGAAGCCCCUGUCCUUUGUGGCAGUGUCUUUUCAGGUGGCCUUGGGGACCAGUGUUCAGCUUCUGCUUCCCCAGAUGGAGGGCAGGAGAAGCCAGGCCCCAUUCCCAGCCCCUCCCACCACACCUGUGUGCGCAGCCUGCAUUCCUGCCCCUGCGGCUCGCCCGGUGGCCCUGGAGGAUGGCAGGAGGCGGGCGCCUAUCUGCAGUGGAAGAAAUCGAGGCUUGGACAGCACAAGAAGUAACUCAGCCCGUCUGUGCAGACGACUCUGGGCCAGCGGCCGGUGGCUAUGUGACUCUGCAGAGGAGCCAUCUCCGGUCCCCGCUGGCCGGCCCGGAAGAAGGAAGGAAGAAAGUCUGGGAAAUGCGGAAGCCCCUGCUUUGCCCAAGAGCACCCUGAGCUGCGGAGCCUUUCAGCGAGGACCAGUUUCCGCACAUGAGCGGGGACUUUUCAGCCUUGAGGUUGGCAGAGAGGACGGGUGGCACGACCUUCAGGCUGCAUUUGUGAAGGUGGGAGGCUGGGCCAGGGAGGUCGGGGGUCUGGUGCUCAUGAUGCUGAAGCGCCAGUUGUCUGGGUGUCAGAGGCCGGGAAAUCUGGGUAACAGCGGGGACCCUGGGGGGACACAGAGAUGUCAGUCUGCAGGAAACCCGCUCUCAGAAAAGACCUACCUGGGUCACAGAGGGGCCACUGAGGCAGGAGGAAGAGGGCACCUGGCUCCUGGGUCCCUCACCCCCUCCGAAGCCCCCUGGAGCUGCCACACACGUCCCCGGGCGCUGAAGCCUUAAGACACCCAGAGGCCCCUCUGAGGCCAGGUGACCUGCUGCCAGGGGACGCAGAGCCAUGUGGCGGGCUGCUUGAUUGUGUCGAUGGGAGACGAUUUUCAAGGUGAAAUUUCUAGUCCAGUUGAGUCACUUUCGUUCAAGGCAUCGCGCAAAAUGUCAUCCCCGCCCCGUUCCCCGCGCAACGUGCUUCUCUCCCGUCGCAUUUAAAUUUACUCCACUUUCCCUCCCUGACACCUGUUUAAAUCAAUAUCUUCCUCUCCAGGUCGCGGGGAGAAUGUGCCCGGCUCUCCACACAGCGCUUCUCAAAUCCACUAAAAUCAACACAAUAAUUGAAAUAUUUUCAAGCUGAUUACACCGCAGCCCGAGGCUAGCCUGGUUGCUAAGGGUGAGCUCCGCGGUUGCUAGGGGGAGUAAAUCAUCUUGCAUUAUUUGAUUUUUGUUAUAGAUAUGAAACCGCUACUCCCGCGAUUAAAUGUCUCUCAGCCUAACACCUAUGGGACCUGGGGAGAGAGGAGAGAGGGGCUCCAACCUUGACCCUGUCAAAUAAAUAUCUCUAACUUUUCCUGUCCUCAGGCUUCCCAGCCAAA